AUGCUGAAGCUUGUCAAGGUCGCCGAGAAGCGUUGUCUGGCUGAUGAGCGCAGAUGGGGCGAGAAGUGGUGGGGGAGCUUUCAUCUUCUCGACAGCGGCUAUGAAUCAAAUGAUGGGCUACUAAGACAUGCCGAUGCUGCCGCUGAAAUCAAGAAUGAAGAGACAGCUAGCAGAAACACAGCACGCGAGCAAUUCUGGCGACACAAUAGAGCAGCACUACUCCCGCAUGGGGAGAGAUUUGAGAUACCCGCAGAAGUGGGGGACGCAGCAGACGAUGAAGAGGCUUCUCGAGCAGUGGCAGGGGAAUAG